AUGUCCAUCAGUGCCAGUGUUCACAAAAUAGACGAGAGACUCGUCAACGUGAACUGGUCUUUUGAUUACAACCCAAACGUGAAAAAAUCUGGCCCUCUUCAAGUGGAUCGCACGUACGGAUACUCGUAUACGUACCAUUUCGAGUUGCAAUGCAACUUGUCGUGCAUUCCUAAAACUGAUCCCAACCAGAUCCAAAACUACAAAAUCCAGUUCUUACUGACAACACGACCUGGCGAAAACGACGGAUCAAAUCCCACCGACGAUGCAGAUGCUAUUCUGGUUUAUUAUCGUCUACCGUGCGAUAUAUGGUUGACUAUGGCCAACGACGUAACGAAACAUUUUCUUGAAAAAUGUCUUGAUAACAAAUGGCAAACACGCAACAUUUCGAUUCCUCAUCCUUCGCACUAUGGCGCUUUCAAUGGCGUUCUUUCGAUCAAAUUCAAUUCCAUCGGUAUUGGCGAACUGAACGCUGUCAUACGUAUGACGGAGCUGAUCGUCCAGCAAACACAUUGCGACGUCGAAUUCGUUUUCGAAAGUGGACAGCGCAUCGGCGGCCACGUUGCCAUUCUAUCGGUUUCCAGUCCUGUGUUUGAAGCCAUGUUCACCAACGACAUGGUGGAGGCUAAAACGGGUCGAGUCGUCAUCGCGGAUAUCGAAGCAGACAUUUUUAAAGACCUCCUGCAUUACAUUUAUACCGGCCGGACUGCCACGCCGUUGACUGAACCAACGGCUCAGUCAUUGUACGUGGCGGCCGAGAAAUACGACAUAGAGGGCCUACAAGAAGAGUGUGUAGAUUUUCUACUGUUCCACGUACAACUGAAUAAUGCCAUCGACUUGAUGAUCUGGGCCGAUGUCCAUUCGAUCAUUGAAAUUAAAGAGCCGGCUCUGAAAUUUGUCGCUGAACAUUUUCGAACAAUUUGUCAGACGGCAAAGUGGGCGGAUCUAAUGAAAAAUCAUCCCGAGCUUUGUCUCCGCGCCACUCGGAUGAUGAAAUAAACAUUUCCUGAUUGCAGAAA